UUAUUGGCGUAAAAUCUGGAGCCUAGCUUGAGGUUGACAUAUCUCGGCAAUAAGUGUUCCUCUCUCCCUGAACAUUAUUUUAUACAAAUAACCGUCGUAGCCAUAUGCGACAGUUAGUGGCUGGAAAACUUCGACUGAUGUGACACGCAAAUUCAGCUUAGUCGAGACAAACGUGUAUUUGCGCGUUGCGCACCACAUGCAUUUGGAACCAUGGCCAACUCUGCUCCCUUCGUGGUGGUCACUCAUGUAUACCCACAACAAGGUGCCCAACGUUUCACCUCACCCCAGAGCGAAGUUGUUUCAACCCCAUCCUCUAUGCUUGGAAAAUUCCUUAAAGGUGAACCAGCUGCCACUGGGACGGUCCAAAUAAUGAUUGGUGUGGUUGUAUUGUUGUUUGGUAUUGUGACCGCAUUUUAUGCAUUUUAUGCAACAACAAUAUCCACUUACUCUGGUAUCAUGUUCUGGGGAGCCAUCAUAUACAUCACUGCUGGUUCCCUCACUGUGAGAGCCAAUAAGAACCUCAAUCCUUGUUUGGUCAAUGCUUCACUGGGAAUGAACAUCUGCAGCACAAUAACUGCAGGGAUUGGCAUAAUUAUGCAUAGCCUUGAUUUAAUCACAAGACUGUACCCUUAUUACAGCUGUUAUGGCUAUUCCAAUUGCUAUAUGUUCGAAAAAGUGUUUUGGAGCAGGUCAAUGGGGAUUGCUGGAGUGAUGCUAGUGUUGUCAGUGCUGGAGUUCAUUGUUUCCAUCUGUGUAUCUGCAUUUGCCUGCAAAGCCACCUGCUCCACUACUACUAAUGCUCAGGUGAUACACCAGGUGCAACCCACGUGUCCCUCCCACGUGUCUGCCCCUCCACUGAACACCUCUCAGAUGCCUCCCUUCCAAAGCAGUGAGGUGCCACCUGCCCAUCCUGCUGUUGAUCUGCCCCCAGAAUACACUGCUGCCCCAUAAUGAGACAAGGGACAUCUAUAGGGAGGCAUUAUGUUUCAAACAAAUUAUAAUCUUGCAAAUCUCUUUAGUGUAUUCCUUAUGUUGUCAAAACUUAAGUGUGUGUGUAUGCACUAUAUCUGUAUACUCACUAGAAUAUUUUACAUUUCAACAGUUUGGUGACUAUUAUGGUCCAAAGGACUGCAUUCAAUUUAAAUAUUUCCAAGUCACAAAAGGGUGUUGGAACAAAUGUGCAGGAAAGCGUAGUGUAGUCUAUCUGUGAAAGUCUCGCUCAAUCACUUUAUUGCCAAGUCAGUUAGUUCCAAAUGAAUACUUAUUUUAAUCAGAGUAAUACAUUUAAUUAAAUAUUUGAUUGAAAUAUAAGGUGUCUUUUCUGUUCUUUUAAUCCAUGAAUGAUUUGGUAGAAUACUGUAGGUCGAAUACCUUAUGUAGAGGUUUCUACAUUUGGGGAAAUGGUACUUCCUGUGUAGCAGU